AUGGGCAUAUCUAUUCAGGUAUCUGAUGGGCAGUCAUUAAAUGGACCAUCGACAUUCAUGCCAAGUAUGAAAUUUUAUCAACUAGGAGAUGACAUGGUUUCUGGAAUGAAAACUUAUGACAUGAAUCUAGUUGCUCAGAAUAUUGAAUGUUUCUAUUGGAGCUAUACCUAUUGGCUUGAGGAUUUUAUGUUGACGUCUCGAUAUUUGACAAAUAUAACAUUUUAUGACAAAGCCAAAAUUACCAAUCUCCAAUUGCAUUUGUCUGAACUUCCAAGAACACUUAUGGAUCCAGUCGAAAUGUUGGACGCAAUGCUAAAGACAACUGGUUUUGACCCUGCAACGUUUUCAACUGACUCGUUUGUUAUUUCAACAUUGAAUACUUAUUACACGCAGAUAAAUAAUGGAAUCGAUCGGCCAGAAUUAAUUUUCUUUAGGUCGCUGAUUGAUACACUUGGUGAUGGAUUAAAAGAUCGCUUCAAUGGUGAUUUAUAUGCUGAAAUUGACGAUAAAGAAAUUACUUUCUUGAUUGAUAGUUGUGCUCCUAUAACAUACAUGUCCUCUCACAUCAUGCCAACUACAACGUCGACCUGGUACCCUUCUUCCAGCCAAUAUCAUACUUCUCUGGUACAUUUUUACCAAUUAGGAGAUGACAUGGUUUCUGGAAUGAAGACUUAUGACAUGGGCCUAGUCGCCCAGUAUAUUGAAUGUUUUUAUUGGAGCUAUACCCAUUGGCUUGAGGAUUUUAUGUUGUCGUCUCGAUACUCGACAAAUAUAACAUUUUAUGACAAAGCCAAAAUCACCAAUCUCCAAUUGCAUUUGUCUGAACUUCCAAGAACACUUAUGGAUCCAGUCGAAAUGUUGGACGCAAUGCUAAAGACAACCGGUUUUGACCCUGCAACGUUUUCAACUGACUCGUUUGUUAUUUCAACAUUGAAUACUUAUUACACGCAGAUAAAUAAUGGAAUCGAUCGGCCAGAAUUGAUUUUCUUCAGGUCGCUGAUUGAUACACUUGGUGAUGGAUUAAAAGAUCGCUUCAAUGGUGAUUUAUAUGCUGAAAUUGACGAUAAAGAAAUUACUUUCUUGAUUGAUAGUUGUGCUCCUAUAACAUACAUGUCCUCUCACAUUAUGCCAACUACAACGUCGACCUGGUACCCACCUUCCAGCCAAUAUCAUACUUCUCCUGUUCAUUUUUACCAAUUAGGAGAUGACAUGGUUUCUGGAAUGAAGGCUUAUGACAUGGGCCUAGUCGCCCAGUAUAUUGAAUGUUUCUAUUGGAGUUAUACACAUUGGCUUGAGGAUUUUAUGUUGACGUCUCGAUACUUGACAAAUAUAACAUUUUAUGACAAAGCCAAAAUUACCAAUCUCCAAUUGCAUUUGUCUGAACUUCCAAGAACAUUUAUCGAUCCAGUCGAAAUGUUGGACGCAAUGCUCAAGACAACUGGUUUUGACCCUGCAAUGUUUUCAACCGACUCGUUUGUUAUUUCAACAUUGAAUAAAUACUUCACAAUGAAAAAUAAUGGAUUCGAUCGGCCAGAAUUGAUUUUCUUUAGGUCGCUGAUUGACACACUUGGUGAUGGAUUAAAAGAUCGCUUCAAUGGUGAUUUAUAUGCUGAAAUUGACGAUAAAGAAAUUACUUUCUUGAUUGAUAGUUGUGCUCCCAUAACAUACAUGUCCUCUCACAUUAUGCCAACUACAACGUCGACCUGGUACCCACCUUCCAGCCAAUAUCAUACUUCUCCUGUACAUUUUUACCAACUAGGAGAUGACAUGGUUUCUGGAAUGAAGGCUUAUGACAUGGGACUAGUCGCCCAGUAUAUUGAAUGUUUCUAUUGGAGCUAUACACAUUGGCUUGAGGAUUUUAUGUUGACGUCUCGAUACUUGACAAAUAUAACAUUUUAUGACAAAGCCAAAAUUACCAAUCUUCAAUUGCAUUUGUCUGAACUUCCAAAAACACUUAUGGAUCCAGUGGAAAUGUUGGACGCAAUGCUAAAAACAACUGGUUUUGACCCUGCAACGUUUUCAACCGACUCGUUUGUUAUUUCAACAUUGAAUAAUUACUACAAGCAGAUGAAUAAUGGAAUCGAUCGACCAGAAUUGAUUUUCUUUAGAUCGCUGAUUGAUACACUUGGUGAUGGAUUAAAAGAUCGCUUCAAUGGUGAUUUAUAUGCUGAAAUUGACGAUAAAGAAAUUACUUUCUUGAUUGAUAGUUGUGCUCCUAUAACAUACAUGUCCUCUCACAUUAUGCCAACUACAACGUCGACCUGGUACCCACCUUCCAGCCAAUAUCAUACAUAUCCUGUACAUUUCUACCAACUAGGAGAUGACAUGGUUUCUGGAAUGAAGGCAUAUGACAUGGGACUAGUCGCCCAGUAUAUUGAAUGUUUCUAUUGGAGCUAUACACAUUGGCUUGAGGAUUUUAUGUUGACGUCUCGAUACUUGACAAAUAUAACAUUUUAUGACAACGCCAAAAUUACAAACCUCCAAAUGCAUUUGUCUGAACUUCCAAGAACAUUUAUGGAUCCAGUCGAAAUGUUGGACGCAAUGCUAAAGACAACUGGUUUUGACCCUGCAACGUUUUCAACCGACUCGUUUGUUAUUUCAACAUUGAAUAAUUACUUCACAAUGAUAAAUAAUGGAAUCGAUCGGCCAGAAUUGAUUUUCUUUAGGUCGCUGAUUGACACACUUGGUGAUGGAUUAAAAGAUCGCUUCAAUGGUGAUUUAUAUGCUGAAAUUGACGAUAAAGAAAUUACUUUCUUGAUUGAUAGUUGUGCUCCUAUAACAUACAUGUCCUCUCACAUUAUGCCAACUACAACGUCGACCUGGUACCCACCUUCCAGCCAAUAUCAUACUUCUCCUGUUCAUUUUUACCAAUUAGGAGAUGACAUGGUUUCUGGAAUGAAGGCUUAUGACAUGGGCCUAGUCGCCCAGUAUAUUGAAUGUUUCUAUUGGAGCUAUACCUAUUGGCUUGAGGAUUUUAUGUUGACGUCUCGAUACUUGACAAAUAUAACAUUUUAUGACAAAGCCAAAAUCACCAAUCUCCAAUUGCAUUUGUCUGAACUUCCAAUAACAUUUAUGGAUCCAGUCGAAAUGUUGGACGCAAUGCUAAAGACAACUGGUUUUGACCCUGCAACGUUUUCAACUGACUCGUUUGUUAUUUCAACAUUGAAUACUUAUUACACGCAGAUAAAUAAUGGAAUCGAUCGGCCAGAAUUAAUUUUCUUUAGGUCGCUGAUUGAUACACUUGGUGAUGGAUUAAAAGAUCGCUUCAAUGGUGAUUUAUAUGCUGAAAUUGACGAUAAAGAAAUUACUUUCUUGAUUGAUAGUUGUGCUCCUAUAACAUACAUGUCCUCUCACAUCAUGCCAACUACAACGUCGACCUGGUACCCUUCUUCCAGCCAAUAUCAUACUUCUCCUGUUCAUUUUUACCAAUUAGGAGAUGACAUGGUUUCUGGAAUGAAGGCUUAUGACAUGGGCCUAGUCGCCCAGUAUAUUGAAUGUUUCUAUUGGAGCUAUACCCAUUGGCUUGAGGAUUUUAUGUUGUCGUCUCGAUACUCGACAAAUAUAACAUUUUAUGACAAAGCCAAAAUCACCAAUCUUCAAUUGCAUUUGUCUGAACUUCCAAGAACACUUAUGGAUCCAGUCGAAAUAUUGGACGCAAUGCUAAAGACAACCGGUUUUGACCCUGCAACGUUUUCAACUGACUCGUUUGUUAUUUCAACAUUGAAUGCGUAUUACACGCAGAUAAAUAAUGGAAUCGAUCGGCCAGAAUUGAUUUUCUUUAGGUCGCUGAUUGAUACACUUGGUGAUGGAUUAAAAUAUCGCUUCAAUGGUGAUUUAUAUGCUGAAAUUGACGAUAAAGAAAUUACUUUCUUGAUUGAUAGUUGUGCUCCUAUAACAUACAUGUCCUCUCACAUUAUGCCAACUACAACGUCGACCUGGUACCCACCUUCCAGCCAAUAUCAUACUUCUCCUGUACAUUUUUACCAAUUAGGAGAUGACAUGGUUUCUGGAAUGAAGUCUUAUGACAUGGGCCUAGUUGCCCAGUAUAUUGAAUGUUUCUAUUGGAGCUAUACACAUUGGCUUGAGGAUUUUAUGUUGACGUCUCGAUACUUGACAAAUAUAACAUUUUAUGACAAAGCCAAAAUCACCAAUCUCCAAUUGCAUUUGUCUGAACUUCCAAUAACAUUUAUGGAUCCAGUCGAUAUGUUGGACGCAAUGCUAAAGACAACUGGUUUUGACCCUGCAACGUUUUCAACUGACUCGUUUGUUAUUUCAACAUUGAAUACUUAUUACACGCAGAUAAAUAAUGGAAUCGAUCGGCCAGAAUUGAUUUUCUUUAGGUCGCUGAUUGACACACUUGGUGAUGGAUUAAAAGAUCGCUUCAAUGGUGAUUUAUAUGCUGAAAUUGACGAUAAAGAAAUUACUUUCUUGAUUGAUAGUUGUGCUCCUAUCACAUACAUGUCCUCUCACAUUAUGCCAACUACAACGUCGACCUUGUAUCAUUCUUCUCACUUGCUAUCAUCUGUACAAAUAAAAUCAAGUAUAUUUAACUCAGUUCCAAUAUAUACAUCGUCAUCCUAUAGUGUAAGUAGACCAAUUAGGACUAGCAUUUAUCCUACAGGGAAUAGUUAUAAUCAAACUUCAAUACUUGGAUCAACUUCAUCAAGUCUCGUUUCACUAUGGAACAAUCGUAUUUUAUCGACCAUUUCUGUUUCUCCUUCAACUUCAAUCUUCGGUCUAAGUAUACUAAGUCCUGUUUAUCCAACAAGCAGUCGGAUUGUAACGAUUCCACCAUCUUAUUAUUCAGGUUCAAUGCUCGGAUCAAGCACGUCAAGUCAUCUUUAUUCAUCAGUCAGUCGAAUACAAACAAAUACGUUAACUUCUAGUAAAUCUACAUUACACAGUAUGUCAUUUAGUAUUCAUCCAACAAGAAGUCAUACUGUUAAAACAUCGUCUGCUUUGAAUCAAUUUUCUGUGACUAAAUCAAAUGUAUUUACUGGAAUUCAUCCCAUUAGCAGUCGAACUUUUACGACUCCAUCAGCUUCUCUUCAAAGUUCAGUACCUAUACUAAGUACAUCAAGUCAUGCUCAUCUUACAAAUCAUCUUGUUACCACAUGGAUUUCUGCUCGUCAAAGAUCUGUUGUAUUUGGAACCAGUAUUCCUAUUGUUACUACCUUGUCUGCUCCCAAAACGUCAGUAUUAAAAUCCAGCAUAUUGACUGGUAUAUAUCAAACUAAUAUUGUAACAACUUCGACGGCAUCUCGUAAACUGUCUGUAUCAGGACCAAGUAUAUCAAAUAGUGUUUAUCCAAGCAGUGCGACAACUGGUGUUUAUCAAACAAGGAAGUAUGUUACUUUCUCAUCUGCUUCUCGUCAAACUUCGGGCCCUGGUUCAAGUACCUCAACCAGUGUAUAUCCAGCAAGUAGCCUAGUUCCUACGUCGUCGACUGUGUCUUACCAAAUCACUAUACCUAGUUCAUAUACAUCAACAGGAGUUUAUUCAACAAAUAGCCAUUUCGCUACGGUCACGUCGUCCGAUUUAAGUACGUCAAACGGGGUUUAUCAAACAAACAGUCACAUAGUUACCUUUUUGUCAGCAUCUCAUCAAACCUCGGUCCCUAGAUCAUCCGAUGUUAAAACAAAAAGUAGCCCCCUUAUUACAACUUCAACUCGUCAAACUUCCAUUCCUGGAUCAAGCUCACCAAGUGGUAUAAAUCCAACAAGCAGCCGCUUUUCUGCAACAUCGUUUUCAACUCUUCAAACCUCGAUUCCUGGACCAAGUUCAUCAAGUGGUGUAAUUCAAAAGAGUAGCACUUCGACGUCUUCAUGGACUCGUCAAACCUCUAUUCCUGGACCAAGUUCAUUAAAUGGUGUAAGUCGCACUACGACUUUGUUCUCAACUCGUCAAACUUCGAUUCCUGGAUCAAGUUCGUUCAGUGGUAUAAACCCAGCAAGCAGUACCGUUACUACAACUUCUUCCUCUACUCGUCAAACAGCUGGUCCUGGAUCAAGUUCUGUAUCUGGUGUCCAUCAAACAAAUACUCCUAUUACCAAGACCUCUUUUGGAUUGAGCACCUCUUCGGCCUAUGGUAAAAGCUCAAUUCAUGGAUAUAGUUUGUCAAAUGGCAUUUAUUUGACAAGUAGUUUCAGUAGCCUCGUUGCUACGACGAAGUCGACAGAUAGUAAAUCUUCAGUGCCCGUAACCAGUACGUCAAACGGAGUUUAUCACACAAGCAGUUACAUAGUUUCCCUUUCUUCAGCAUCUCAUCAAAGUUCGGUACCUAGAUCAUCUGGUGUUAAUUCAAAAAGUAGUCCCCUUAUUACGACUUCAACUCUUCAAACCUCGAUUCCUGUAUUAAGGUCAUCAAGUGGUGUUGCUUCAAUAUCGUCUUCAACUCGUCAAACUUCCAUUCCUGGAUCAAGAACUACAAGUGGUGUUAAUCCGACAAGCAGCCUCUUUGCUUCAGCAUCGUUAUCAGUCCGUCAAACCUCUAUUUCUGGAUCAAGUUCAUCAAGUGGUGUAAAUCAAAGGAGUAGCAUCGUUACUCCGACCUCUUCUGUUAUUCGUCAAACCUCCAUUCCUGGAUCUAGUUUAUCAAGUGGUGUAAAUCCAAUUACGACUUCGUCUUCUGGAACUCGUCAAACCUCCAUUACUGGAUCAAUUGUAUCAAGUAAUGUAAAUCCAACUAUGACUUCGUCUUCUGGAACUCGUCAAACUUCCAUUCCUGGAUCAAGUUUAUCAAGUAAUGUAAAUCCAACUAUGACUUCGUCUUCUGGAACUCGUCAAACCUCCAUUACUGGAUCAAUUGUAUCAAGUAAUGUAAAUCCAACUAUGACUUCGUCUUCUGGAACUCGUCAAACUUCCAUUCCUGGAUCAAUUGUAUCAAGUAAUUUAAAUCCAACUAUGACUUCGUCUUCUGGAACUCGUCAAACCUCCAUUACUGGAUCAAUUGUAUCAAGUAAUGUAAAUCCAACUACGACUUCGUCUUCUGGAACUCGUCAAACCUCCAUUCCUGGAUCAAGUUUAUCAAGUAAUUUAAAUCCAACUAUGACUUCGUCUUCUGGAACUCGUCAAACCUCCAUUCCUGGAUCAAGUUUAUCAAGUAAUGUAAAUCCAACUAUGACUUCGUCUUCUGGAAUUCGUCAAACCUCUAUUCCUGGAUCAAGUUUAUCAAGUGGUGUAAAUCCAACUAUGACUUCGUCUUCUGGAAUUCGUCAAACCUCUAUUCCUGGAUCAAGUUUAUCAAGUAAUGUAAAUCCAACUAUGACUUCGUCUUCUGGAAUUCGUCAAACCUCUAUUCCUGGAUCAAGUUUAUCAAGUGGUGUAAAUCCAACUACGACUUCGUCUUCUGGAAUUCGUCAAACCUCCAUUCCUGGAUCAAGUUUAUCAAGUGGUUUAAAUCCAACAACGACUUCGUCUUCUGGAAUUCGUCAAACCUCCAUUCCUGGAUCAAGUUUAUCAAGUGGUGUUAAUCCAACCAUGACUUCGUCUUCUGGAAUUCGUCAAACCUCCAUUCCUGGAUCAAGUUUAUCAGGUGGUUUAAAUCCAACUACGACUUCGUCUUCUGUAAUUCGUCAAACCUCCAUUCCUGGAUCAAGUUUAUCAAGUGGUUUAAAUCCAACUACGACUUCGUCUUCUGGAAUUCGUCAAACCUCUAUUCCUGGAUCAAGUUUAUCAAGUGGUGUAAAUCCAACUAUGACUUCGUCUUCUGGAAUUCGUCAAACCUCCAUUCGUGGAUCAAUUGUAUCAAGUGGUGUAAAUCCAACUAUGACUUCGUCGUCUGGAAUUCGUCAAACCUCCAUUCCUGGAUCAAGUUUAUCAAGUAAUGUAAAUCCAACUACAACUUCGUCUUCAACUCGUCAAACUUCGAUGCCUGGAUCAAGUUCGUUAAGUGUUCUAAACCCAAAAAGUAGUACCGUUACUAGAACUUCGUCCUCAACUCGUCAAACAGCGGUUACUGGAUCAAGUAUCACGACCUCUUUUGCAUCACCUCAAACGUCCUCUGGGAUGUCCUCAACACGCAGUCUUGGUGUUAUGACAUCCUCUACUUCUAGCCCUAUAACUGCACAGACAAGCCAGACUGUUUCGGGAUCAUCCACUGUAAGUCAGACAACGACCUCUGCUGCGUCAACAGCUGUAAUUUCUUGUAUUCCAGGAACAGGAUUCUGUGCAGAUCCAGCUCUAGGCUCGAAUGCAUGUAACAUUUGGCCGUCUUUUUACGUGAUGGUAGGGUCGUUAGUUAUACUGUGGGUCACACUGAAGAGAGUCGGAUGAUGAAAGAAGGAGCAUUCACGGACAGUCUUUACACAUCUUGAGUCCGUAAAACUGAUUGAACAACUAUGUAUGCACAUCUACAACUAACGGUUUUUUCGUCUAAGAGUGCUAUUUAUUUAUGUUUGUCUUUUCUUUUUUUAGUUUUUCGUAUCUUUUCGCAUUUCUUUAACAAAUGCAUGGAUUUGCUUCUUACGUUUCACAAGAGGUCUGCAAUAAAACGUAGACUUUAUCAACUUAUAAAAUACUUAUUGACCUGAGGCGUCAUUAUUGUGAUAACUUGAAUAGGAUAGAAAUGACGCCGCAUAUGACGUUACGAAGAGUAUAUGACGUUACCAAGAGAACAAAAUAAAAAAAUACAUUUCGCUUUCAUCCGAACUUACACAGAAACAAACAAAGUAGUCACAGUGAUUCAAUGUCAAUAAAUCAGUCUUAUUCGAUAGUUUAAAACUAAUUGACGUCUAUAAUAGUACAUGUAUAUACAAAACCUAAGACGUGAUUUUUAAUUCUAUUUAUUUAUCAUUUAUUUUUAUUUACUUUUUUGAGUGGGGGGGGGGGAGAUAU